CGAUUAAUUUUGUUAUUCAGACAAUUGCGUAAUUAAAAUAUUUUUAUUGCCGGUAUAUACAAAUUGUCAACGAGAGCUGCCUAUAGGUUAGAGUACUGGCUCACUAUAUCUGUAUUUUAUUUCCCAAAAAGUCAAAGUAAAAUGGCGCCCGACGAUCAAAUAUCUGAUCAAGAAAAGGUUCGAAUUGCUUCGGAUUUCAUACGCCAUGCCCCUCCUGGAGAAUUCAAUGAAGUGUUUACAGAUGUGCGUGUCCUCUUGAAUAAUGACACUCUCCUCAAAGAAGGAGUUGCAGGUGCCUUUGCCUUGUAUAAUAAAGAUCAGCUCACUCCUGUCAAACUUCCAAACUCUAGUAUUCCUUCUCUGGUUACUGAGCACAAUGAUAUAGGGGGUGGAAGGUUUUUUGAUCCUCGUUCAAAACAGUCUUUUAAGUAUGACCAUUUGAGAAAGGAGGCUUCUGAUCUUCAGGCAUGGGAAUCUGAUUCUGCUGUUGAGUCAUGGAGGGAUGCAUUAGAAUCCCAAUUUACUGAGUACACAGCCAACCAUUACAAGCAUGGUGUCUGUGCUGUUUUUGGUCAAAGUAGAAAUGACAGUAUAUCGCUUGUAGCAUGCAUUGAGGAUCAUCAGUUUCAACCCAAAAACUAUUGGAACGGCCGUUGGAGGUCUCAGUGGUGUACAACUUUAACUGGUGGCACUGGAGAGCUUCAAGGAACUUUAAGGGUUCAGGUCCACUAUUAUGAGGAUGGUAAUGUCCAGCUUGUGUGUUCAAAGAAUGUUAAACACUCACUCACAUGCUCAAGUGAGGUUGAAACUGCAAAGGAAAUGGUUCGGUUGAUUGAAGAAUCCGAAUCUGAAUAUCAACUGGCGAUUAAUGAAAAUUAUCAAACAAUGUCCGACACUACCUUUAAAGCGUUGCGCCGUCAAUUACCAAUCACGCGAAGCAAAGUAGACUGGGAAAAGAUCAUUUCGUACAAAAUUGGAAAAGAAAUCAACAAGACCCAAUAACAAUAAGUUCAAUCAGUAAUUACUUACUUAUUAGCCCUUCUUUUUCUUCCAGUUUCUUUAUACUUGUUGGAAAGUAGAUUCCGACCUACUGCCAACUGCUGGCCGAUUGGUUCAAUGUUGUUUACGGUGGUUCUAAUAAGUUACUACGAUACAUCUCUUCCGUUUAUUUACAUAUCCUAUUUUUGUUUUUCUUUUCUUUUCCCAGUUCUCUUCGUGGUUUUGUUGUGUCGAGUGUUGGAUGAUUUGAUCAAGGUUGUUUUUAGAUUAGCGUAAAAUUAUCCUGAUCAAGUUAUUUCGCGUCAUCGGUACGCUGCCUUUGUGCGCGCAUUGCUGAUGCGAUGCGCCCUUUAUUAUUAUCAAAUUAAUAUUAAAUCGUCGUCCAUUGAAAAUUUUGCAUCCGAUUUAAUUUCUUUUAUUAUCAGUGGAUUGAUUGGCUUUGGUUACUAGGUAAAAGUAAUCAAAUCAGUAUGACUGAUAUCUAGGUGUUUUGGUUUUCACUACUGAAUUUGUUCCUCAUCUUUUGCUCCUUUUCGUAUCUUUAUAUCCUGUAUGAAUGCCUAUUGCCUAUAAAGAAAGAUGUAGUGAUUCCAUAAGCCUCAUUUUGUGUUAUGGGCCGUUGGACUUACAAAGUGGAAAUACAGCCGUGUUGGAUUUGUUGAAAAUA